UUGACAUUGAACAAGUAGUGAUACAGUUUUGAUACAGUUGUAUUCUUGUUUAUUUAAUACCCACUUACGUUUUAAUUAACUUUCAAACGUUGCAAUUGCCUUAUUAUUAAUUUCAAACUAUAAAGCAAACUAUACGUACGAGAUAUGCGUAACGUAGAAAUAAAAGCAAAAGUCAACGAUUUCGAUGAAAUAUGCAAAAUAGCCGAAGGUCUAAGCGGCGCACCACCGACUAUUAUUCAUCAAAAUGAUACCUUUUAUAAAGUGAACACUGGACGUUUGAAGUUAAGGGUAUACGCAGACGAAUCUGCAACUCUCGUGAGAUACGAUCGUGAUGAUGAACAAGGACCAAAGUUAUCGAACUACGAUCUCUUAGAGUUUUCAAUGAACGAAAGUGCUAAAAUUAAAACAUUAGACGAUAUUAUGAAAAAAUGUUUGGGUGUACGCGGAAAAGUUGUUAAAGAGCGAAGAUUAUACAUGGUGGACCAGACUCGCAUACAUAUAGAUAAAGUCGAUGGUCUUGGUAACUUCAUGGAGUUAGAAGUGGUUCUUCAUCCAGAACAGACGUUAGAAGACGGACAAGCAAUAGCCAAAGAUCUACAAAUGAAGCUCGGUGUUAAAGACAAUGAUUUAAUUGAUUGUGCCUAUGUUGAUUUAUUGGAUAAGAAUUAAUUAUUUUUGUCUUUUAAUUCGUAUUUUAAUAAUAAAACAAUAUAAAAAAUAUUUACUUUUGUUAUUGUCAAAGUAAAGAAAAUGUUCGAUCACUUUUGUAAUGAUCUUUUUAAUUUACUUGCGAUGGAUGGAUAAAUGGUAGAGAAUUUAAAGUAAAGUUAUUUAUGAAGAAAAAAAAAAAUAAUUUUUAAGAAACGCAACUUCUAAUAAGUUUUUGAGUAACCAAUUUACCAAAAAUGUUGUUAAUCUAUUUUCAAAAAGUGAACUGUUUUGCGUAAAAUUACUAGUCAAUAAAUGUAGAUAAUAGAAAAGAAACUUUUUCAUUAUUUCAAAUAAAUUAUCUUAUUCACAAAUAAGAUAAUUUUUAAUUCGAAAUUUAAGUAAAUUAGUUAGUGUUAGUUAAACAACCUCAUGCAAAAUUAUCGUAAAAAUUAUUU